AUGGCUACCGAACCCAGGCCAGGCCAGGGACCCAGGGACCCUUGCACCCAGGAGGUGCUUACUGCCCCCACUCCGGGCUGGCAGGCCCAGAACGCGGCGCCCAGGGCUCCGGAUGAUCCACAAUGUUCACUAAUUUUCUGUGUCUGUCAACAGAUGGAGCCAACCAACGUGACCAGGGUCCAGCACUUUGUCCUCCUGGGCCUGUCCACCAGCCCAAGCACCAGGGACACCCUCUUUGCCGUCUUCCUGGCCCUCUACCUGCUCACCCUCCUGCAGAACACCCUCAUCAUCUACCUCAUCAUCAGCCAUGCUGAGCUCCACAAGCCCAUGUACUUCUUCCUGGGCAACCUCAGCGGCCUGGAGCUGUGCUAUGUGUCUGUGACCAUGCCCACCUUGCUCCUGGGGCUGUGGACAGGGACCUACCACAUUUCCUUCAUGGCCUGCAUGAUCCAACUCUUCUUUUUUAUAACCCUUGUUGGAACAGAGUGCAUCCUUCUGGCCUCCAUGGCCUAUGACCGCUACGUGGCCAUCUGCCAUCCACUGCACUACCCACUGCUCAUGCCGCCCCAGGUCUUCCUAGGCUUGGCUGUGUCCUCCUGGCUAGGUGGACUGCUGGUCUCUGUGGUUAAGACCACAUGCAUCGCCAGCCUGUCCUACUGUGGCCCCAAUGUCCUCAACCACUUCUUCUGUGACGUCUCCCCUCUGCUCAACCUGUCCUGCACCCAUGUAGCCCUCACGGAGCUGGUGGACUUCAUCUCUGCCAUCAUCAUCCUCUGGGGUUGCUUCCUCAUGACCAUGGCCUCCUACAUGGCCAUCAGCAGGGCUGUGCUCCGCAUGCCUUCAGCCACUGCCCGCCACAAGGCCUUGUCCACCUGUGCCUCUCACCUGGUGGUAGUGGGCAUCUUCUACUCUGCCACUAUCUUCAUCUAUGCCCGCCCCAGCCGUAUGGAGGCCAUGGACCUCAACAAGGUGCUGUCGGUCAUCUACACAGCAGUGACGCCCAUGUGCAACCCGGUCAUCUACUGCCUGCGCAACCGGGAGGUGCAGACAGCCUUCAGAAGAACCCUGCGGUGGUCCACAGGCUGA